AUGGCGCACAGGGUCCUGGAGCUGACGCUCGUCUCGGCGAGCAACCUGAAGGACGUCAACGUGUUCAGCCGCAUGGAGGUGUACGCCAUCACGUCCGUGUUCGGCGACCCUCGCACGCGGCGGUGCAGCCAGACCGACCGCGACGGCGCCAGGCACCCGACGUGGGACGAAACGUUCACGUUCACCGUCCCGCCCACGCCCGCCAAGGCCGCCGCCGCGGGAGCCUACCUCCACGUGCUCCUCCGCACCGAGCGCCUCUUCGGCCUCGAGGACCGCGACGUCGGCGAGGUGUUCAUCCCUGUCGCCGACCUGCUGGCCUGCGCCUGCGUGGGCGGCCCGCCGCGGCGUGAGUCGUACCCGGUCCGGAAGGUGCACUGCACCGAGCAUCGGGGCAUGCUCACCGUGGCGUACCACUUCGGCCCCGUGAUGGUGCCGCUGGCCCAGGACGAAGGGUUGUGCUGGGACGAGGCCGCGGUGGUGGGGUACGAGCUGCCGCCGUGGCAGUACUGUCCUCCGACGUACGUCUACGCGCCGGAGGCGGUGGUGCCGCGCUACCCUCAGGCGUGUGCUCGCAUGCCGCCGGCGCCCAAGCCAGCUGCCGGCUGUGGCACGGCCGCCGCGUCGCCAGCGCAGAAGAAUUAUUGCGUAAGGAACGGCAGCUUCGCGCUGGGGCUCGGCGCGGGGCUGCUCGGCGGAGGCUUCGGGGGGAUGGUGUUCGGCGACAUGCCGCCGUCGGACAAGGCGGCUCACGACUCCGGGUACAAGCCCACGGCCGCCGACGGCGCAGGAGUUGCCUUCUGAAAACUUCCCAUAUUCAUCAGGAUAUAUAACUAAAUAAGUACGUC